AUGUCAGUGAGUAAUCAUUACUUAUUGGAUAUUUUAGGUACACUUCAUGCACUUCACAUGAAAGAUGGAGGAGCCAUGUCAGCCCAAGUUCAUUCUAAACUCGGGCAGUCUGUACUUCAUGAAGUGUUCUUGAGCUACAGGAUCUAUCCCAAUCCGGGUGCAUUAGCACGUGUCCAUGAUAUGCAGUGCAUUACAACUCCAGAAACACGUUGCUACAUUGUAUCUACAGUUCACAUUCCAUGCAAUGUACAUGGUGUUGAUAUUGAGGUAGGAUCUAAAAUCGGUGAUCAUAAAGAUCAAAGUCAACGAUGUGUCUUAACUUAGUUUCCAACUUCCAUGGACUGGUACUUAGAGAAGUUCUGAAUUAAUAUCAAGUGAGAGCGCUGUGCAUUUGGACUUUCUAAAUAUAAAGAUAAGUAU